AUAUAUAUAGGAAGCAUGCGCCAAUUGGCAUUGGUUUGCGCCGCAGCAAGCAAUGCCAAUCGAUCAGCUGGAGCUUGGAAAAUGGCGGGAGUUGGUCUCUUGUCUCUUAUCUUCUUAUCAUGGUUUUCUGUCAGUCACGCUACCUCACUCAGAGACGUUUUCUACAAUGAGAUACACAGCAUUCUCGAUCAACCUCGGCUCACUCAGGUACUGGACAACGCGCCCCUACACCCGCAGGAGGUGGUUGGUUGGCCGAAAACUGAACUGAAAGUCGGCCAAAUCAGCGGAGUGACCGUCAACAAUGUGGGCCAGCCGGUUAUCUUCCAUAGAGCUGACAGAGUUUGGGAUUCCGAAUCAUUCGACUCUGAUAAUAGAUACAAGCAUGAAGAGAAAGGGCCGAUAGAAGCGGAAACAAUUUACGUUCUAGACCCAGAAGAUGGCAGCGUUUUACAAAAGUGGGGCGCAAAUUUCUUCUACAUGCCUCAUGGCAUCACUAUUGAUCGCAAAGGCAGUGUUUAUCUCACUGAUGUUGCUCUACACCAAGUGUUCAAGUUUGCUCCGCAAGCCUCCAGACCCAGCCUGACCCUGGGCAAGCGUAUGGAGCCUGGCUCCGGUCACCUGAACUUCUGCAAGCCGACCUCGGUGGCAGUCGCCAAUAAUGGACAAAUGUUUGUGGCCGACGGAUACUGCAAUUCCAGAAUCAUGAAGUUCGACAGUGACGGACGACUUGUGCGCAUAUUCCCGCAGCGUCAAGAGUUCUUGUCACUGCAAGUACCACACAGCGUGACCCUGUUGGAGCAGCGUGACCUGCUGUGUAUUGCCGACAGAGAUGACAUGCGCGUGGCUUGCAUUGGGGCCAACCUCUACCACACGGCGCGAACAGCUGCGUUCACCAUACAGCAACCGGACAUGGGCCGGGUCUUCGCCAUUGCCUCACGAGGUGACUUUGUUUAUGCUGUGAAUGGUCCGACAUCCCAACUUCUCCCAGUGAAAGGAUUCACUUUAGAUCCAAUGGCUGAAAAUGUUAUCGAUCAUUGGGGACCCAAGACCAAUACAUUCACCAGUCCUCACAGUAUAGCAAUAUCUCCAGACGGUAAAUAUCUGUAUGUGUCAGAAAUUGGUCCCAAUAGAAUCUGGAAAUUCCUGCUGAAAAGUACAGACACACCAGAAGAUGCCGAAGAAGAAGUGAAAUGAAGAGAUUAAUCGUAUAAUAAAGGAUGAGAAGCAGUUAAAAUUAUAAAAGUAUUCAUUUCUAGUCAGACGUCGGUACCGUAUCAUACAUAUCUUAUAACAUUGAAAGUUCUACCAUUCUCAUAAAAUAAUCCAUUUUCACAUUCCACGUUAUUCGGAAAAUUUCAUCAAUAAUAUGAUUUUCAAAUGAAAUUGAUUGUUCAUUGUAAUUGCAAUCAUUAUAUUGAACCAUAUAUCUUACUAGAGAGUCACUUAUCGGUAAUAUAAUAAAAAAGUAUAUGCAUGUUUUAGAUUAGAUAGAACUCUUCCAUUAUUGUUACUGUUAUUGUUUUCAAAAUUUAAGCCAAAUUACAAUAAUAUUAAUCACUGUAAUAAAAAUGUAAAGAUAUUUUCAAUGUGAAACUGUUGUUAUUUUAUUGCUUCCUUUUAAGAGAAAACUGGAAAAUAUGGUUGGCUGUGUAUUUUCUAUAAUGAUAGUACCCUUUUUUAGCUUUUUGCGAAAAUAAUUGUUAAAAAUUGACUCUGGUAAGUUCUUACUCUAAAAUUCGAAAUAAACAAUUCAGAAAAC